UUUCUCACUCUUUCCCUGCAACUUUCUCACCACUCUACACUCCCAUUUCCACCACCAUCACUCAAAGCACGCAAACAGGGCAAACUAAAGCUUCUACCUUUUUCACCAACACAAUAAGAAGAAGAAGAAAAAGUUACAGAGCUCAGUUCUCAGUAAAAAUGCAGCUGAAGAAAUCCUCAUUCCUUUUAGGGUUUUGCAUUGCUUAACUCGAAACUCAAUCCCAGUACUGAAAAUUCAAAAUUCCAAGCCUAGUCUAGUUUCUCUGUAGAAUUUUUUUUUUCUGUAGUGGGUGUGAAGACCUUAAAUUUUGAAAUUUGUAUUCAGCAUUGACCUGAGAGCUUCAGAGGAAGGUUCCAGAGUUCAGGGUUUGCAAUGUCGGGCCCACCCAGAGUUCGAUCCAUGAACGUGGCCGUCGCCGACCCCGAGACACGGCCGGUGCUCGUCCCCGCCUGCAACAAGGUUCGCCCAGUCGAUGGACGGAAGCCGGUGAAGAAAUCGGCGCCGGAAAUGGAGAAGAAGCCGGUGGUGCAUUCGAAUCCGCAAUGUGUUUCUGUUCCGCCAGCGAUUUUGAAGCGGCAGGAACAUCACCAAGCUAUGCUGAAAAACCUGUCGAUGAACGCUUCUUGCUCCUCCGACGCGUCUUCGACGGACUCUUCCACUCACAGCAGCGGCGCUUCGUCGAGCGGGAAAGUGGCUCGGCGUGUUAGUGUGGCUUUGAGGAAGAAGCAGAGUGGUCCGAAGAUGGAGAAGGUGAACAGUGACAAUGCGGGUGCUCUUGAUGUUGCAGAUUCCAGUGAUAGCUUGGAGGGCAAGAAAAGGUGUACUUGGGUUACACCAAACACAGAGCCAUGUUAUGUUGCUUUUCAUGAUGAAGAGUGGGGAGUUCCUGUUCAUGAUGACAGGAAAUUGUUUGAGUUGCUCAGCUUCUCUGGAGCCUUGGCUGAACUCACGUGGCCUACUAUUCUUAGCAAAAGGCAGUUAUUUCGGGAAGUCUUUUUGGAUUUUGAUCCAAGUGCUGUUUCAAGAAUGAAUGAGAAAAAGACAGUUGCACCAGGAAGUCCUGCCAACUCAUUGCUAUCAGAGCUCAGGUUGCGAUCCAUAAUUGAAAAUGCACGUCAGAUGUGUAAGGUAAUUGAGGAGUUUGGGUCCUUUGACACAUUUAUCUGGAACUUUGUGAACCAUAAGCCUAUAGUCAGCCAAUUCAGGUAUCCACGCCAAGUACCAGUCAAAUCUCCAAAAGCAGAAGUCAUAAGUAAAGACCUUGUAAGGAGAGGAUUCAGGAGUGUUGGACCAACAGUUAUCUAUACUUUCAUUCAAGUAGCUGGGCUAACAAAUGACCACCUUAUCAGUUGCUUCAGAUUCAAGGAGUGUACCUCCAAUGCAGAAGCAAUGGGCAAAGAGAGCUCACUCAACUCUAAGGUCAAAGAGAAGGCAAAUGAGGAACAAACUGAGGUGGGCCUGUUGCUAGCUGUAAACAAAUUGAGCUUCACUUCUUAAGUAGUACCAUGACUUUGGUUAAUGAUCAUAUUGUUAGUCAGAUAGUUGUAAGGGAGAUGAGUAGGUUGUGGAGUGUACAAAAUCCAUACACGUGUGAAUGAAAUAGCCAGAAGGCAGUUGUAUUUGAAAAGCAAAAUGACCUUUGGCAAUUCUUCAUGUUCUUGUGUAUUAAAGAUAUACUAAUUAAUUAGCCGGCUAUAGUUGCA